AAUUUUUGUAUCAUAGAUAUACUAAUUAUAGAUGUAUAUAUAAUACAGAUAAAGAGAGAGAGUGACGGAAGUAGGCAGGAAGAUGAGGAGGUGGGGAGAGUUUGGUCAUGAGGUGAAGCGAGUUAGUGUAAUCGCGGCACCGAUGAUGGUGGUGGCGGUGGCACAGUAUUUGAUGCAAAUGGUGGUGGUAGUGAUGGUGGGGCAUAUUGAUGAACUAUCUCUGUCUAGCGUCGCCAUAGCUACCUCUCUCACCAAUGUCACUGGUUUCAGCCUUCUUUCAGGGCUUGUGGGAGGACUAGAGACCCUUUGUGGCCAAGCUUACGGAGCCAAACAAUACAACAAAAUUGGUAUAUAUACUUGCAGUGCCAUAAUUUCACUGCUAAUAGUAUGCAUCCCAGUCUGCAUCUCCUGGCUUUUCCUGGACACAUUUUUAAUUCUAAUAGGCCAGGACACUUUGAUCGCACUUGAAGCCCGAAAAUACUCGAUCUACCUCAUUCCAGCCUUGUUUGGAGGUGCGAUCGUUAAGCCUCUAGUGAGAUUGCUUCAAUCCCAAAGCUUGACUUUGCCAUUGCUCGUGAGCUCUAUGCUUGUUUUAUGUCUCCAUGUCCCCCUUUGUUGGGCUUUUGUGUUCAAGCUGAAGAUGGGAAGCAUUGGUGCUGCGGUUGCAUUUAGUUUGUCAAACUUGAUUUAUCUUGUCUUAAUUGUCUUUUAUGUCAGUUUCUCGUCAUCGUGUGAAAAUACGCGUGUGACUAUCUCCUCAGACGCGCUCAUUGGUGUCAAAGAAUUCUUUAGGCUUGCUAUUCCAUCAGCUGUAAUGGUUUGUCUCAAAUGGUGGUCAAUUGAAGUGCUUGUCUUAAUCUCAGGCUUGUUACCAAAUCCAAAGCUUGAAACAUCGGUUAUUACGAUAUGCCUAACAAUCACGUCAUUACAUUUCACCAUACCAUAUGGAUUUGGAGCUGCCGCAAGCACUCGAGUUUCAAACGAGUUAGGUGCUGGGAACCCACAAGCAGCUCGGCUAGCAGUCUCCACCGUGAUGUUUUUAACCAUCAUUGAAGCCAUAAUAGUUAGCAUGACAGUAUUCAGUUGCCGUCAUUUUCUUGGAAAGGCUUACAGCAAUGAAAAGCAUGUUGUGAGUUAUGUUGCAGCAAUGGGUCCUUAUAUAUCCCUCUCGAUCAUUACAGAUAGCCUACAGGGAACGAUUUCUGGAAUCGCUAGGGGAAGUGGGUGGCAACAUAUAGGAGCUUAUGUAAAUCUUGGAGCAUUUUAUUUGUUUGGGAUCCCAGCAGCUGUUUUACUAGGGUUCCCUUUACAUCUCAAAGCAAAGGGACUUUGGAUUGGGAUCGUGAUUGGAUCAGCUAUUCAAUCUACAUGCUUGUCCCUGAUAGUGGGACUCACUGACUGGCGAAAACAGGCAAACGAAGUGAAGGAACGAAUGUCGAAAGUGACAUUAUACAUAGACAAGGAUGUAGACGUUAUACAAUGAGUUCCACAUAUCUAUAAAUGCAUGUAUUUUUCAUUAAUGUUGUUGGUUUUAGAGUCACCUAGAAAGGGAGAAAGAAUUUGUCACGGGACAUUCAAGAUCGGCAGUUGGCUUACCAUGGCCUUGGUUGUUAAGGUUUUUUAAAUAUUGAACGUUGAAGAGAGCCAUUUGAAGAUUUAAUGAGCCAAGAGUUGUUAUUUUUGUUUUUUUAGAGGCCGGUUAACGUAUAGUAUUCCUUAACGUAUGAGCGUAAGUUGUGAAAUUACCCAUGUUGUAAAACUCAAAAUUCUAAUCACGCAUGUUGAAAAACCAUAAUCACACAUGUUGUAAAGACAAAAUCUCGAAUGUUGAAACCAUAAUAUGCUUCAUUACAUAA